CAGCGAGAUCCAGCAGCAGCCCGACAAGGAAGAUUUUCCGGCCGCAGGAGCAUGCCACCUGACGCCGAAUAGGGGCCACUCUCAAAGGCAUGUCAUCUUACCAGCCACCGCCAACCUCUCUGUAAUUCCCACGCCACUCAGAGAUGACAGCACCGGACUCCGAAGGUCAAAACUGCACCGCAAACUCCAACAACGCGAAAAGCCCCACAGAACCGGACAAAAAGUCUCCGACCAGAAACAAAGAUGGCGCCAAGAGCAAAAACGGCGUCAAGAACAACAAGCAGGCCAAAGAGAACAUCACCAGGGUAGUCGUGGUGGCCUUGACGCCGGAAAGGAGGAGAGAAACGUGGGAUAAGAAGGUGGAGUUUCUGUUGGCUGUCGUGGGGUUCGCUGUUGACUUGGGGAACGUUUGGAGGUUCCCGUAUAUCUGCUACCAAAAUGGUGGAGGUGCAUUUUUAAUACCUUACACGAUCAUGCUGAUCUUCGGCGGGCUUCCACUUUUCUACAUGGAACUGGCUUUGGGGCAAUUCCACAGAAGCGGAUGCCUCACGAUAUGGAAGAGGAUCUGCCCCGCUUUGAAAGGUGUGGGAUACGCAAUAUGCCUCAUCGACAUCUACAUGGGCAUGUACUACAACACCAUCAUAGGCUGGGCCUUGUACUACCUCAUUACGUCAUUCCAGUCUGAGCUGCCGUGGACGUCUUGUAGAAAUGAAUGGAAUACCCCUAACUGCAGACCUGUCACAGAACUUCUACCGAAUAUUACAGCUUCCAGUCCAGCCAGGGAGUUUUUCGAGAGAGAAGUUUUGGAACAGUACAAAUCAGACGGCCUCAAUAGAAUGGGUCCUAUCAAGCCGUCUUUGGCCUUGUGUGUUUUUGCAGUUUUCGUGUUAGUCUAUUUUUCUUUGUGGAAAGGGGUUAGGAGCACAGGAAAGGUUGUGUGGAUAACAGCGCUAGCUCCUUACGUUGUCCUUAUCAUCCUCUUGGCUCGUGGAGUGUCCUUACCUGGAGCAGCAGAAGGAAUCCGGUACUACUUAACUCCGGAAUGGGAGAAACUCUACAACUCCAAGGUUUGGAUAGAUGCCGCCUCCCAAAUAUUCUUCUCCUUGGGUCCAGGUUUCGGAACUCUGCUAGCUCUGUCGAGCUACAACAAGUUCAAUAACAACUGCUACAGAGACGCCAUCCUCACCAGCACUAUUAAUUGUUUGACGAGUUUCUUAGCAGGCUUCGUCAUAUUCUCCGUCUUGGGCUACAUGGCCCACGUACAGCAUAAGAGCAUCGAACAAGUAGGUUUGGAAGGUCCUGGGCUCGUCUUCAUCGUCUAUCCAGAAGCUAUAGCCACGAUGAGUGGCUCAGUCUUCUGGUCGAUCAUCUUCUUCCUGAUGUUGAUCACCCUUGGACUGGACAGCACAUUCGGCGGCCUAGAAGCCAUGAUUACGGCCCUGUGCGAUGAGUACCCGAAGGUACUGGGCAGACAUCGGGAAACUUUCGUGGCGGUACUGCUGUUUGGGAUAUACAUAUGUGCCUUGCCGACAACUACUUAUGGUGGAGUCUACUUAGUUAAUAUGUUGAAUAUCUACGGUCCCGGCCUAGCCAUUCUUUUCGUGGUAUUCGUAGAAGCAGCCGGAGUCUGUUGGAUAUACGGGACCGACAAUUUCGCCAGAGACAUCGAAAAAAUGAUUGGACACAGACCCGGCCUUUUUUGGAGGAUUUGUUGGAAGUACAUCAGUCCAAUUUUCAUUCUGAUUAUUUUCGUAUUCUCUCUUCUGAGCCACGAACAGAUGCUGGGAACGGAAUAUGCCUAUCCCGAAUGGAGUCUGAAGGUUGGAUACGUUCUCACCGCAUCCUCUAUCAUGUGCAUACCCCUGUAUAUCGUGUAUAAAUUCAUCAUUACCCCAGGAAACUUUCUACAGAGGUGGAAGAUGAUGUGGAAAGCGGAACAUUCCUCUGAUAACAGCGCUCUAACCUACUGCGCCGGUACAGAAGUGUGACCUAAGAACAUCCCCCAUUCCUAUACUAUCGAAUGGUUAGUCUAGAUUUUUAGAUUAGUAAAAAUGUCUGUUGUUGAAAUUUUAAUGAAAAUCGGGUGGAAUACCAGCCAUAUUCUGCCCGAUCUAUUUAUUUGACGAUUACUUUAUUGUUAGAUGUUGUACGAGUUAGAUUUUUGCGACAGAUAACCAAUCACAAUUGCCAAUUGCAAUACUUGAGGCUGAAAACAUUCAUAUAGUUCACUUCUUCGUUGCAGCUUUUUACGUUACGGUCGGUUUAUACAUAGAAACUGUUAAAGGGCCUAGAGUUGAUCCCUGAGGAAGUUAAUUUAUGAUCGACUGAUUUUUUUCUUUGUAUCACAUUCGGUUUCACUGAGAUUGGUUUUCUGAUCUGAAACAGCUUUAAAUGGAAGUGAGUACUAACUAAAUUUUGUAAAUAGAAAACGCUAGUUGACAAUAUGUUUGUAUAGAGAAAUAAAUGUUUAUCAAACACUUGGGUCAGUCUAAGUCACUGUGCUCAGGUGCUAAGGUGGAUGUGGUGUAAAUUAGUAGAUAAGUAACUGUACAAAUGAAGCUUCUUAUACAGGGCGAUGUUUUCCAAAGUAACAAUACUGCUUUCCUAUGGCGAGAAGAGAAGAAAAAUCAGCCUUCGAUUUUUCUCCUGGUUUCGGCUGCUGGAAGUUCUUAAAGACAAUCAUGGCAUUGAAAAAAAAAUCAAAACCUCAUUGUUGAUAGUAAUUUGAAUAUCGCGUUUUAUUGCUUUUGAAAUAUUUAAACCCUUCAAGAUAAAAAAUUGUCAUAUAAAAUCCACUUGCGUAUUUUGUUAUUUUUCAUUUUACUUUGUAUCAGCUUUAUUAUUGUUUCGGACGUAACUGAAAUGAAUUUUGGAAAAUAUAUCUGAGAAUUGUUAUAUUUUCACUAAAUCGAGAAAUUAUCUAUACAGGGUGGUUACUUUUCAUUGAGAUUUAUGCAGUGAGGUUACUAAUGGAAGCACUUUUCACGUUGUACCUCAAGGCACCGUAUUAGGACCGUUACUAUUCUCCAUCUCACUAAGAACUGUCAAUAUGGAAUAAUUUUUUGUUGUUGACAGCUGAAUUUUUGAAUUUUGUGGUAGCAACAUAUCUUUUUUGGAAUUUUACUCUAUAGAGCAACCGUUUUUUAUUGAUAAUAAUACGUCUUCAUUCACCAUAAAAGUACAAUUAAAACAGACAGAAAAAGAAAACUGAAAACGACUUUCAGUAUUAAGGUGUAAAGUGACUCGCAUAGUCUCAGUUUCAAGUUUGGAAACAACUGUCUGAGGACGUUAUAAGAAGUUUUAUUCAGAUAGCUGACAUGUUCAGUGAAGCAAAGUUCUAGAUCAAACUACAAUCCUAAGUUUUUCAUCUCGGUCACGAAAAGAAGUAUUUCAUUUUCGUUUCGGACUUAAAAAGUGGAGUUGAAGAGCUCUCUGUUCUUCUUGGGUCCAAACAUCAUUAUUGCAGAUUUAUUAGGAUUGAGCUUGAGCUUAUGAGCUGUAGAAAUGUCAAAGAUAGCUGGAAGAUCCUUAUUGGUAUGUGUCUGGGCACAUCAAGGCGAUGUACAUUGAAUUUUUUUACAAACUGUUAAAAUGGCAGAUGUACAAUCUGAAAAACAAGAGCCCCAGGAUAGAUCCUUGCAGCACCCCCUUUGACACCGGUAAAGCAUCCGGUACAACUCCAUCCGCAAUAACUUUUUGAAUACGAUUCUUCAGAUAGUUUCCUAAGAAAAACCAAGGAAGGCAAGUUUGUCACACAAAAUCUCGUGAUCAAUGGUGUCGAAGGCUUUUCUAUAAUCCAGAAGUGCUAAACAGUUCACAUUCUCAUCAUCUGCAGCUUUAAAAAGAUCGUCGAUAUGUGACAGAAGAGUCGUUGUGGUACUGUGCUGAAUCCUGAUUGACAUAUUUUCUCUUGUUCUUUCUGGUGAAAUGACAGAAAAUUCUUGUAAGAUACUGAGUGCUGGGAAUUCCUUUGCAUCAGUAGAAAUAUUCUUUUGAUUAGGAAUGUCAUUGUUUUACAUAUUCAAUUGAUCUGCUGCAAUUUAUAGUAGAAAGUUCUCAAGACAUUGACAUUGAAAAGUUUCCAUCCUGUUUAUGAAGAAACCCCUUUAUCAAUAGUCCUUUUAUGUAUUUUUUGUUUUCCACACAGAUUCACAAACCUCUAGGGCCUUGAGUUUGUGAUAUCUUUGUGACACCAUUCAAACUUUCAUUUGAAAUUGAGCGAAAUAACAGCCAUAUUUCGUUCAAAGCAUUUUGUAACAUUUAUGGAAACAUAUUGAAUUGAGGAGGGUUCUUCACUUCUGAUAUUUCUGAAUGGAAUAUUCCGUUUUCGACAA